AAAGCUCUCACUUAGAUGGAACCUCAAAUUUCCUCGUAUGGGGUCGGGACCACAGAAGAUGGGCACCUGCGGACAGGACUAAGACAGUGUCCCAGGUCUCCUAGCACGCUAUCCCUCCUGGACCAGAUCCGGGGCGCACGUCGCCCGGGUGGCGCUGUCCAGGGUCUCGCGGCGCAGGCGGCGGGGGCGUGCACCGCUCGUGGCCACCUCCCGCCCGGUCCCUGCUGGCCGCACCCCUCCCCCUCUCCCUGCACCUCUCCAGGCAUCUUCCUCCUCCUCCCCCUCCUUUCCCUGGCGGGUGCUGCGUCUGCCCCAGCCAGAAAGUCGGGAGGCGGGUCUCCGGGCAGAAGAUAUAAGCAGCCCUGGGCUCUGAGAGCUGCAGCCGUGCGGUGUUCAGCCGAAAGCCGCGGGAGAGGACGCCUGACCACCGCCAGCUCCUCUGCUCCGACUGCGCCCUGGGUCUUGCCACCCCCCCAAGCCCAGAUGGAAACUGUGCAGGAGCUGAUCCCUCUGGUCAAAGAACUGGUGGCACAGAAGUCCCGCGGGAAGCUGGUGAAGCUGUACGUCCUGGGCAGCGUGCUGGCGCUCUUUGGCGUGGUGCUCGGCCUGGUGGAGACCGUGUGCAGUCCCUUCACCGCCGCCGGCCGUCUGCGCGAGGAGCGGGCCGCGGUGGCCGAGCUGCGGGAAGCUCGCCAGCGCCAGGCUCUGCUGGACAAAGGCAAGACCCCGGAGGCCGCCCUCCGCAGCAGGACCCUGUCCCUCCGGCAGCACGCCUCCUAGGACCUGCCUCCCAGGACCUGCUUCCUAGGACCCGCAGAGGGAUGGGGAGAGACCCAGAGACGCCAGACAACAGGCACUUCUGUUCCGAGAAGCUGACCCCGCACGGAUUCACCAGGGGGUUGGGGACUGACUUUUGCUGCUGUGCAGCAAGCAUUGUGAUUUGAGGACAUAUCACCUUGCAUUAGAGGAGGAAAAACACUUUUUAUACUGUUAUUGUUGUUGUUGUUAUUAUUAUUAUUACAAUGACCACCGUUUUGCAUUUUGAAAUAAAAACAUUUUAUAUUGU